AUGAUAACAACUAAUGCUUAUCGAUUGUUUAUAAAUCGAUUAUGUCAAUCUUGUCCUUUAAAAAAUCAUUGUUCUUUGCUAAACAAAUUUACCGAACAACAGGAAAGAAUAUCACUUGAAUCGACUUCAGUUAAUCAUUCCGAUAUACAAACAAUAAAUAAUAAUCUUAAUGUUUCAUCUCUUCAACAUUGUUUUCUAUGUCUUAAUAUUUUACAUCGUUAUACUUCAGAGGAAUUUAUUCAACAAAUUAAACAAGUUGCUCAAUCAACAACAGUUGAUUUUCAAACAUUUUGUUGUAAUCUUACUCUACCAAUGAAUUUAUUUAUUCGACAUGUAAAUUUUAAAAAAAUUCAUUUUUUUAUACAAAAUCUUUCCGAAAGUCGAAACGAAAAACCAAAACUUUAAUAUCUUCUCAGCAAUUUUGCAGAAAUUUAAACAUACAUUUUUUUUUUAACAGUUUCAUCACAUAUUCAUUAAGGAUAACUUUCCGCUUUUCAGAUUUCCUGAAGAACAGUUCAUCAGAAAAGUUUGAAAUUUUUAGAGUAAGUAGAUCUUAACUACCUAGUAGAGCAAAGAUUAUCAUAAACUUAAAAAUUUCAGAAUGGGUAUCAUCUUUCCCGUUCUUGGCCGUUCCUUUCUCAAGAAACGUGAUCUAGUAAUUUUCUAAAUGCGUCGAAAUGUUUAUACAUUUACGCUUAUUUUUUUCUUUGAGAUCAUUAUUCGUUGUUCUGUUAUUUUAUGCGGAAACAUCUCUUAUUAAAGCAGUACAAGAUAUAAUUUGUUUAAAAGUGGUAUGUUAUCCUUUACCCUAAAUCUGGUACCCAGAAUGCAUCCCUGAAUCGAAUCCACAUUUGUGGAUAAUAAAACGAAAAUUAAUCCAGAUUAGGGAUUUUGAUUUAGGGAUGUUCUA